UUCCGUUCAGUAGCCUUGGUACAUCUGCUGCUAUUCAAGGACUUUGUUAGUUUUAUUCGCCUCAAUUGACAAACGAUUAUGAACUGUCAUAAAGUAUAAAUCGUUAUCGGUUUGUAUCUUUAGCUCUGUUGUUCUCAGCCCACAGCGCAGUCGGUGUUUUAUGUUUUCAAAAACGUAGCUAAUGUUGCUAAUGCUAACCGGCUGUCUGUCCUCAUGGUUCUGUUUAAACCAAACAAACAAACUUUAGUGUUUUUAGUUUUAUUUAAUCACAACCAGGCAGGAUGGGAGCGUUUGUCGGCGUUAAAACAUCAUAUUUAAUCAGCAGAUCCUUCAUUCGUCCUGUCAGCCCUUCAGCAGCAGUUUCGUGUUCAUCAUCAGUGCGAUGGAGACCCGCUCAGCUCCGCCUCUUCUGCAGCAGCUCAUCGCCCGACGAGCAGAAGCCCCGUCCCUCCAUGCUACGUCACCUGACCUCCAAAAUCAAGGCGACGGGUCCGAUCACGGUAGCGGAGUACAUGAGGGAGGUCCUGACCAAUCCUGUGACGGGUUACUACGUGAAGAACAGCAUGCUGGGAGCUGACGGAGACUUCAUCACAUCACCGGAGAUCAGCCAGAUGUUUGGAGAGUUGGUUGGUAUCUGGAUCAUCAGUGAGUGGAUGGGAGCAGGACGACCCAAACAGCUACAACUCGUCGAACUCGGACCUGGAAAAGGAUCUUUGGCGGCCGAUGUCCUCCGAGUGUUCCGUCAGCUGUCGUCGGUUGUGGGUGGAGCCUCCGUCUCUCUCCACCUGGUUGAGGUGAGUCCGGUUCUCGCUCGUCUCCAGGCCGACGCCCUGACAGGAAGCAGCGGCGAGGAGGCGGACGGAGACGAGGAUCCGGUCUACCAUCGCGGACGGACCCGUGACGGUCUGCCGGUGUCCUGGUACCGACGACUGGACGACGUCCCCGCAGGGUUCAGCGUGUUCGUGGCUCAGGAGUUCUUCGACGCUCUGCCCAUCCACAAGUUUCAGAGGACGGACAGAGGCUGGAGGGAGGUGAUGGUGGAUGUGGACCCAGAGAAGGAGGAGCAGCUCAGGUUUGUCCUGGCUCCGUCUCCAACGUUGGCCUCGUCCACGCUCAUACAGGCAGGUGAGAGGCGGAACCACGUGGAAGUGUGCGCAGAGGGCGGAGCCAUAAUCCAGCAGCUGGCUCGACGAAUCACAGACGGCGGCGGAGCGGCGCUGAUCGCAGACUACGGCCACGACGGAACCAAGACCGACACGUUCAGGGGGUUCAAAGGUCACCAGCUCCACGACGUCCUGUCCUCUCCCGGGUCAGCUGACCUCACCGCUGACGUGGACUUCAGUUACCUGCGGAAGACAGCUGGAGGGGGCGUGGCCUGUCUGGGACCCGUCAGUCAGAGGAACUUCCUGAAGAACAUGGGCAUCGACGCCCGACUGCAGGUUCUGUUGAGGAGCUGCGCUGACCCGUCUGUUCGGCAGCAGCUCAUCAGCAGCUACGACAUGUUGAUGAACCCAAAGAAGAUGGGCGAGCGUUUCCACUUCUUCAGCCUGUUACAGCUCAGCCGCCUCGCCAGGCCGACCGCGCCAAACGGACUGAAGCUGGAGAAGAACAAGAACCCGGCUCCGCUUCCUGUGGCCGGGUUCACCGAGCUGCAGUACUCCUGACGGACAGCAGAGGGGCGGGCUUAAAGGACGGACGGGAACGGGACGGAUUUUAAGUCCAACACCAACACAAAGAGACAUUAGUGGUGAUGUGAACGUCUGAUAUACUGUCAAAAUGUGAAGUCUAAACCAGGGGAGUCAAACUGACCCGCCAAAGGGUUCAGUCCAGCCCAUGGGAGGAGUUAGUGAAAUACAAAAAUUACACUGAACAUAUUAACUAUCAAGGAUGUUUAAAUCAUUUUAGGUCAGGACAUACACAUAAAUAUGAUCUAUAGUAGGUCACACCAGUAAAAUAUUAUCAAAAUAACCGACAAAUAAUGGCAACUCCUAUUUUUUUCCUUCAUUUUAGUGUAAAAAAAAAAAAGUAAUAAAUCAAAGUUACAUGACACUGUUUAUAUUUUCAAACUGUCCUUUCACAAAAAAUAUGAAUAAUCUGAGCCAAAUGAAAUGUGUUUAGAGAAAUGCCAUUUUAACGUAAUUUUUUUCUCUUGUUUCUCAAGUUUUUGUUCAUUUUUAUGGAUGCUUUGAUUUCGUUAUUGCUUAAUUUGAUCAUAUUUGGGGGGGGUUUGUUUCUUUUUUUCUGUUAAUUGUGUUCAU